CCCAAACCCUCCUCCCCUGGCCCCACCUCCACCCCCCUUCCUGGAUCCCUCUUCAUUUCACUUUCCAUCCUCUCCCUUAGAGACUGGCUUCAUGCUGAGCAUUGUCCCUGCUGCCGCUGCAGGGAAAUCUCUUUCUGGGCUUGGAUUCCUCCUCUCUGUAUUCAUUUGUCUUUCUUUUUGUCUCUUUCCCUUGUCCCCCAUUUUGUUCCUGGUUGCUGGGAUGUAGAAAAUUGUUGUUCCCUGCAAUGCCCUGCUGAGUUUGGUGUGAUUUUUUUUCCCCACCCCUUCUCUUUGGGGAGAAAGUGGGAAUCUCCACUUUAGCUGACAACUACAAAGUACAGUCCAGCUGAGUGUUGAAUGUGGCUCAGGAGUUGAGCAACAGUUGGCAAGUUUGCUGGUGCUAUUUUUCUGCAGGCAGGGGAUUGGAUUCGUAAACAUUUCCCACCACGGCAAAGAGACAAGCCUGUGAAAGAAGGAGGGAGGUAUGUCCCCUCUGGAAAGAGAGUGGGUGCCCUUCAUCCUGAUUCUCCUUACACUUGUGUGGGGUGGAGAGAGAAUUCAGGCACAAAGAGCAGGUUGCAAGAAUGUCCAUUACGACCUUGUCUUCCUCCUGGAUGCCUCUUCCAGCGUGGGCAAAGAAGAUUUUGAGAAGGUCCGACAGUGGGUGUCAAACCUGGUGGAGACUUUUGAGAUUGGACAAGAUAAGACCCGCGUGGGAGUGGUCCGGUACAGUGAUCGGCCAACCACAGAAUUUGACCUAGGAAGGUACCAAACUCGUGAGGAAAUCAAAGCAGCUGCAAAGAACAUUAAAUAUGAUGGGGGCAAUACAAACACCGGGGAUGCCCUCCGGUACAUCAACACCUAUAGCUUUUCCAAAGAGGCUGGUGGGAGGCCUAGUGACCGGGCCAUUAAGAAAGUGGCCAUCCUUCUGACUGAUGGGAGGAGCCAGGAUUAUGUCUUGAACCCAGCCACUGCAGCACGCAAGGCUGGGAUUCGAAUUUUUGCGGUAGGAGUGGGUGAAGCUUUGAAGGAGGAACUGGAUGAAAUUGCUUCUGAGCCCAAGUCUGCUCACGUGUUCCACGUCUCUGAUUACAAUGCCAUUGAUAAAAUACGAGGGAAACUGAGAAGACGUCUCUGUGAAAAUGUGCUAUGCCCAAAUGUCCACGUGGAAGGAGAUCGGUUCAAACACACCAAUGGAGGGACUGACGAAAUUCCAGGAUUUGACCUGGUGGAUUUAUUCAGCGUGAAGGAUAUUUUUGGACUGAAAGACAAUGGAAUUCAGAGUUCCUAUAUCCGACUUGGCAGCUUCCCCAUUGUGCAGAAAACAGAGGAUGUCUUCCCACAAGGCCUGCCUGAUGAAUAUGCCUUUGUAACGACCUUCAAAUUCCGGAAAGCUUCCCGGAGAGAGGACUGGUAUAUUUGGCAGAUUAUCGACAAAUACGGGAUACCUCAGGUUUCUAUCCGGCUGGACGGGGACAACAAAGCUGUGGAGUACAGUGCCAUCGGGCUGACCAAGGAUGCCGUGAGAGUGGUCUUUCGAAGCGCCCGAGUCAGCGACCUGUUUGACCGCAACUGGCAUAAGAUCGCCCUCAGCAUCCAGUCCAAGAGCGUCUCCCUCUACAUAGACUGCAAGCUGGUGCAGACGCUCCCUAUUGAAGACAGAGAAAAUAUCGACAUUCAGGGAAAGACUGUGAUUGGCAAACGGCUUUAUGACAGCGUACCCAUCGAUUUUGAUCUACAGCGCAUGGUGAUUUACUGUGAUUCUCGACAUGCUGAGUUGGAAACCUGCUGUGACAUUCCCUCUGGACCAUGCCAGGUGACGGUUAUUACGGAGGCACCACCCCCUGAAGUCAGACCCACUGUUGGCAGCGAACAAAUCGGUCACAUAAAGACCCUCAACUGUUCUUGUCCUGCUGGAGAGAAGGGUGAGAGGGGUCCAUUUGGCCCCGAAGGUCCUCAAGGUCAAAAGGGAGAAAGUGGCAGCCGAGGGCUUCCUGGCCAAAAAGGAGAAAAAGGAGAGUUGGCCAGAGGAGCAUAUGGAGGAGGAGAAAAAGGAGAAAAGGGUGAAGAAGGGCCCAGGGGCUUUUCUGGAUUGAAGGGUGAAAAAGGAGAAAAGGGGUCCCUGGGCUCACCUGGCCCCCCUGGGAGGGAAGGAGCAAAAGGAGAAACCGGGGAGCCAGGACAGCCGGGAGAAAUUGGACUACCUGGUCCAGAGGGCCCUAAGGGAUCAGAGGGAAAACCAGGCCCACCGGGAAUCAAAGGCUAUGUCGGAGCGCCUGGUCUGCAAGGAGAAAGAGGAGAAAAGGGGACUCGGGGAGACAAGGGAGAACGAGGCUUUGACGGGUUCCCUGGGAAGCCAGGCGUGGAGGGAAAACAGGGUCCCAAGGGCAGCUCAGGCCCACCAGGUGCCAUUGGACCUACAGGAGAAAAGGGUGAACCAGGGCUCCCAGGAUUACCAGGCUCUGCGGUGCAGACCGAAGGCCUAAAGGGAGAGCGAGGAGACCCCGGUCCUCGAGGACCACAAGGUUUACCUGGUCUGCCAGGGCCACCGGGGCCAGCUGGUCCAGAAGGCAAGCACGGAGCUCCUGGUCUGCAAGGUCAAAGGGGCAAGAAGGGUGACAUGGGGGUCUCGGGAGUUGAUGGCCUGCCUGGACCUCAGGGUCCUCCGGGGCCUCCUGGCAGUGCUGGUCCCCGUGGCAUUCCUGGUGCUCCAGGAUUGCCUGGAGAACUUGGCGUUUCAGGAAAACCUGGGCUUCCAGGACCCCCUGGCUUGCCUGGCAAAGAUGGAUUAAAUGGUCUACCUGGACUUCUGGGUCAAAAGGUGGGUCACCACUGA